GGCUGUAUGGGUGUGGUAACGAAGACGACUGGCCGAAGACUGUGCCAAAUCCUUUCUCCGAUUCGGAGCUGGUAUCUGGCCCUUUAAGUCGCUUAAUUUACGGAGAAUAAAAUAGAUCAAAAUUGGUUUUGCUUUAAUAUACAAGCAGCGAAAAACGAUGUAUGACAUCUGAAGUCGGAAUUUCCCUAUCUUUAUUUUCCUCCCCCUCCCCCCUUUUUAAGAAAAGCUCGGAAAGGACGAAACGGGAAAGGACGCAAAAGAAAGGACGGCCCUUUGAGUUUUGUCAUCAGGCCUUUUAGCAACUAGUUGUGGUACUUGGAUUGCUCACAAGAAACACUGAGACGGAACGAUGAGUGAAUUAGAACAGUUGCGGCAGGAAGCCGAGCAACUGCGGAACCAGAUUCGGGAUGCCAGGAAAGCAUGUAGUGACUCCACACUUUCCCAGAUUACAGCUGGCCUGGAUUCAGUGGGCCGAAUUCAAAUGAGAACACGUCGCACUUUGAGAGGCCACUUAGCCAAAAUCUAUGCGAUGCACUGGGGAUCUGAUUCUAGGCUACUUGUCAGUGCUUCUCAAGAUGGCAAAUUAAUUAUUUGGGACAGUUAUACCACAAAUAAGAUGCAUGCUAUCCCAUUGAGGUCAUCCUGGGUUAUGACAUGUGCAUAUGCACCAUCUGGAAAUUAUGUAGCCUGUGGUGGCUUGGACAACAUAUGCUCAAUAUACAGCCUAAAAACACGAGAGGGUAAUGUUCGAGUGACACGGGAGUUGCCAGGUCAUACAGGAUAUCUGUCUUGUUGCCGAUUUUUGGAUGAUAACCAGAUAGUAACAAGUUCAGGAGAUACAACCUGUGCUUUGUGGGACAUUGAAACUGGGCAACAGACUACCACUUUUACUGGCCACACUGGUGAUGUUAUGAGCUUGUCGUUGAGCCCCGAUAUGAGAACAUUUGUUUCUGGAGCAUGUGAUGCCUCAUCAAAACUAUGGGAUGUUCGUGAUGGAAUGUGCAGGCAAUCAUUUACAGGCCAUGUGUCUGACAUUAAUGCUGUUUGCUUCUUUCCCAAUGGAAAUGCCUUCACCACAGGAUCUGAUGAUGCGACUUGUCGGCUGUUUGACCUGAGAGCUGACCAAGAACUGAUGAUGUACUCGCAUGACAACAUCAUCUGUGGCAUCACUUCAGUAGCGUUCUCGAAAAGUGGCCGACUCUUGCUGGCUGGCUAUGAUGACUUCAACUGCAAUGUGUGGGACACUUUGAAGGGAGAGCGUGCAGGAGUUCUAGCUGGCCACGACAACCGUGUGAGCUGUUUAGGAGUUACUAAUGAUGGUAUGGCUAUAGCCACUGGAUCUUGGGACAGUUUCCUUAGAAUCUGGAAUUAACUAAGAGUGGAGAGCAAAAGGUUACCUGCGUAUCCUCCACUGAGAUCGGGGAGACAAUGCUGCAGCCCUACAGCUGUGAGAAAGUAACAUUCUUUCUACCUUGUAUUUCCAGGUGAAGUUUUUUCUAUUCACUUACUACACAGAGCUUUCAGUAAAUAGUCCAGUCAAAUGAAGAAAUGAAAAUGUACCCUGGCAAACCUCUGACUUCUGACAGGGGCUAGCAUGUUACCGUGGUGACCGAGAAGCUAGGAGCCAGUUAUUGUUAUAAAUAUUUUCUAUUAUUUCUGUUUUGUUGGAAUCCCAAUCAGUUCCUUUUUAUUGCGCCCCGUCCCCUACCCUAGAGAUUGGUCUGAGAGUUCUUAUUUCUGCUCGCCUGCUAAAUAUCUAACUUUGUUUUUUUUUUGUUUGUUUUUUUUUUUUUUGUUUGUACAUAACUGAAUGUACACAUAACAGCAGCCAAUCAUUUUACAUUUGUUUGUAUGUAAAAAGAAAAGAAUUUUAUGCAUUUUUUUAAUGAAACAUUUUUAGCUUGUAUUUGACUUGAGACAUCACACUUUGGUUGUGGAUGAUUACUGUUAAACAAUUUCUUAAAAAUUACUAAUCUUGGGUAAAGAUUAGCCUUAGUUUCAUUCAUGUUCAUUAUUUUGAGCUUCUUUGGUUUAAUAUCUGCUUUAAAGCCAAAUCUGGUGGUGCCUCUUGGGUGAUUGAUCUGUAUCAGUAUUAUUUAAAAUUCUCCCAUUCUAGCCAUUGUUUGAGUUUUAGUUCAUUUUUCAUUUAUUAGACUCAAAGAGAGAAACUUUUUUUUUAAACCACAUUGCAGCUCCAGACAGACUUUUAAGUAACAAAUCGAAUGGCACUUUUGAAAGACUCCUUUCACGGCAUCCUCUUCUGCAGUGCUCAUUUACUCAAAUCUGUGAUCACUUUACAGUAUUGUUGGGGGGUGAUGGCAGCAAAAGGGGCACUGGAUUCGGUGCACAUUGCGCGUGACGUUCAUUUUCGGUAUCGUCUCGAUCAGUUUGAGCCCACAUUGGUGUAUUUGAACCCAUUUGUUGAAGGUGCUGGGUAAUAUUUUUGUUCUGACACACACAGACAUUCCAUUUCCUGUUUUUAUUUUGUGCAUCCAAUGAGUACAACAUAAGGGGGGCUUACUUACAAGAAGAAUGCUGCAACACAAAAUGAAAGGCUUGCAUGCAGCGCACGGUGCCUGUGCACGGAGUCCACCAUGUCCUUCCAGUGGCAGAGCGAAACUCUGCUUUCUUGUCUCGUACUUCAUGUGCAGUAAGCAACUUUACAAGACUCUUCCCAAACAAACGUCUUCUGCUGCCAUCACUGAAUGAAGUGCCAAUGCGCUCAGUAAUUCAAUUCCUAAUGUCAAAGGUGCCAGUGGUGAAAAUGAGAACAAUUAAAAAAAGGUGACCAAAACAAAAACGAAACACUAAAUGAACAUCUUUGAGAGGCAUCCAACAGAUUUGCAAGUUAAAGCGGAGUAAAUGAAGACGACGAUAUGCAGUACGUUGUUUUGCUUUUCCGAUGCUGAAUGAAUUCUAUACACAGCUCUUUAUGUUCAUUCAGGCCACAUUUUCUGUAAAUUAUUCUAUCAACUUGAAUAGAUGGGUUACUUUCUUCAGUUACUACUAAAAUGUUUUAUUGUAUUUAUUGGUUCUAUACAAAUAAUUUUAAAGAACAUGUAGUGAACUGUUAGUUUGAGUUGUGAAUUUUAGCCUCACCCACCCAGUACUAUUUUUUUUCCCCCCCAAACAUGUAUCCGUAUACAUAUUUUGACAAUAGAAUGUGGUUACCAGAAAGACCUUUACCAGUGCUGUAUAGUGUAUUGAGACAAGUAUUAGUGUUGAAAGAACUCUUACUGUAACGUGUGGUCAAAGUACAUGCUUUGUUUUGCUUUAUCUAUAAUUUGUGCCAAGAUCCCCCAAACGCCAAUCACGCUAGCUCUUUAAAAAUCCUCAUUCUGUGUCACAUUUGAUUAAACCUGUGUUGUAUUUUUUAUUUCAUUUUUUGAAUUAUUAUUUUUGCUGUUGAUUACAUACAAAGGAAACAGCAGAAGUACUAACACCAGUUCCCAAAUAAUAUUUAUCGAAGAUAAAGGAAACAAAUGCCUGAACGUUUCAUGAGAUGCCUAACACUGGUGCCUAAAGAGCGAGUGCCCAUUUCUCUGAAUUUCUGCUUGGUGCUUAUUGUGAAUGCCAGUCCUCUUGAAAAUAAUGACAAGCGUAUGCCUUUUAACUAACGUCACCCAACCCAGCAGAAACCCCCAUCUUCUAAGCGUGAGCACACGGGCUUUUUGUUGUGUUGAAGUUUUUUUUAUUAUUAUUUUGGGUUUACCUUUUUUUUUUUCUUUCAAAUUUUUAUCAGGCCAGUUUGAAGACAAGGGAGUCUUUUUUUUCUUUUUAUUCAUUAUUCCCCCCCCUUUCUUUCCAUUUUUUGUUUUCACUUCUUAAAUGGAUGUGACAGUACGUCUGAAGGCAUUCCAAUAUUCUAUUCCAAAAGAGUAGCUUUUCUGAACUUCCUUUUUGUCCGAACGUCUGUUUAGUUCCAUACCAAGCGCUAUGCUAUUACGAUUACUCCCUGAGCAGUGAGCCACUUUGGAAAUGCCAUGAUCCCUCCGGAUAAAAGGAGACGUCUUUUAUUGUAAAAUACCAGGCAGGCAAUUACUGCAGUGUUUCUGUGUAAAUUGCAACAGUAUUAACAAUUAAUAUGAAAUAAAAAUAUCACAUUAACUGUGCCUGUACAGUACACAGAGCAUUUUAAUUUUCUUACUGUUUUUGAGCUGGGACUUGCACUCUCAAAGUUUAGUAACAUUUAAACUACCCAAGUCUUGCAUAUUAGUAUUCCUCCUCCCCAGUCAAAAGGCAUUUUUGUUUUUGCAAAAUAAAAGUAAAUAAAUGGGCAUUACACUUAAUGAAUUUAGCUGUAGGCCUCGUAAUAUUUAAUUCCAUGAGAAAAUAAGUUUUUUUCUUGUUGGUUGAUUACAUCCGAUGAAUUGGUACUAAGCAUUACGGCAUUCACCAGCCGAGGAAAACUGAGGAGGGCAGAAACUUUGAGGGGGGAACUGUUUGUCCUGGCUCAACUUGCCAUUACUAGUGUUACGUUUUGUUACCACCGCAUUGACACUGAUUUUUAGUAAUAAUGCACUGCCUUACGGCUCUUGUAUGUAUUCCAACAAAAUGUCUUAAGUUUUCAGUUCUUGAGCCAGUCGGAACCAGGGACUAUGUGCCAUGCGUUUUCUCUUACAGUGCUAAUGUGUGAAACUAUAAUAAUCACUUGCUAUGAGAAUUUUGUUUAUAGUCCUUUUUCACACAAUAUUUUUUCUUUGUAUUUGUACAGUGGCUCGGUGAAACUGAUGUUGCCAUGAAUUGAUAUUGUAACCAAUAAAAAAAAAGCUUUUAACCAAGA